GCUAAACAAUAUAAUAUAGUACUUAACUAAAUAUUGAAUUUUCACAUAAUGUAUGUUUUGUCUUUUUUAAGUGGUGCGCCUUUUUCGCAUGUGUUUCAAAAACAUAGAGGCAGUAAGAAUUCUCUCUGUCUCCGUCACUAGAAUUUCAACAAUGUUACCCAAAAAACUCUCCCGAAAAUGUCUGUUAAAACUCUUGAAAUCGGAGAAAAGUCCGAACACAGCACUCUCCUUAUUCGACAUAGCUUCACAACACCCAAACUACAGACACGACUCCAUCACCUUCCACCACAUCCUCCGCAAACUCUCCCUCUCUUCAAACCCAGAGUUCCUCCCUCACAUAACCCGUAUCGUAAACAUGAUUCAAACUCAGAAGUGCAUAUGCUCUGAAGACGUCGCAUUGACUGUUGUUAAAUGCUACGCCAAGAAUUCCAUGGUUGAUAAAGCUAUGCAAGUUUUUCAGAAUAUGAAGUAUGUUUUUGGUUGUGUACCUGGUGUUAGGUCAUUUAAUACCUUGCUUAAUGCAUUUGUCGUUUCCAAUCAGCUGAGUAGAGCCGAGUUGUUUUUCAAGUAUUUUGGAACAAUGGGUGUGUGUCCCAAUUUGGAAACUUAUAAUGUUUUGAUUAAGCUUCAUUGUAAAAGGAGGCAGUUUGAUAAGGCGAAAACGUUGUUGGAUUGGAUGUGGGAGAGUGGGAAGAAAAUGCCGGACGUGUAUAGUUAUGCAACUUUCAUUAAUGGGCAUGCCAAGGAUGGCUGUUUGGGCGAGGCGUUGAAGGUGUUCGAUGAAAUGUUUGAGAGAGGGUUGUAUCCGGAUGUGACGUGUUAUAAUAUUUUAAUCGAUGGGUUCUUGAAAGAUGGCGAUUAUGAUAGCGGGAAGAAGAUUUGGGAGCGGUUGAUUAGUGGGACGAAUGUUUAUCCUAACGUGGUUAGUUAUAAUGUGAUGAUUAAUGGUUUAUGUAGAUGUGGUAAGUUUGAUGAAGGAUUGCAACUUUGGGAUAGGAUGAAGAGGAAUGCGCAAAAAAUGGACUUGUUUACAUGUAGUGCGUUGAUUCAUGGUUUGUGUGAGUUGGGUAAUGUUAAUGGGGCGGAGAGGAUUUUUAAGGAAAUGAUUGAAACGGGACUAUCACCUGACGUUGUUGUGUAUGGUGCUUUGCUUAAUGGUUAUUGUAAGGUUGGGGAGAUUAAAAAGUGUUUUGAGUUGUGGAAGGUGAUGGGGAUGGAAGAUUGUCGCAAUGUUACUAGUUAUAAUAUAUUAAUGAGAGGUUUGUUUGAGAAUCGAAUGGUGGAUGAAGCGAUUUCUAUUUGGAAGGUUAUGAGUGAGAAUGGCGUUGUUGCUGAUUCAACAUCUUAUGGAGUUCUAAUUCAUGGGUUGUGUAAGAAUGGGUAUCUGAACAAGGCUUUGAAUGUCUUGCAAGCUGAAAAUGAAGGAGAAAGAUGUGUGGAUUCAUAUGCAUACUCGUCUAUUGUUAAGGGGUUGUGCAGAGAAGGAAGAUUGGAUGAAGCAACUGCAAUGCUUGAUUUGAUGACUAAACAGGGAUGUACACUAAGUUCCCAUGUUUGCAAUGCACUAAUCAAUGGCUUAAUCAAAGCAUCUAAAAUUCAGGAUGCACUCCGAUUUUUUGGUGAAAUGCGGAGUCAGAAUUGUUCCCCAACAGUAGUAACAUAUAAUGUGCUGAUAGAUGGGUUAUGCAAAGCUGAAAGAUUUGGUGAAGCCUAUGAGCUUGUGGAGGAGAUGCUGAAGAAAGGGUGGACGCCGGACAUGAUAACAUAUAGCUUGUUGAUGGAUGGUCUUUGCCGAAGCAAAAUGGUGGACCUGGCCCUGAAGUUAUUGAAUCAAAUUGUUAGCAAGGGAUUGAAGCCUGAUGUGACCAUGGUUAACAUUAUAAUUCACGGCCUUUGCUCUGCUGGAAAACUUGAGAACGCGUUGCAGAUCUUUUUGAGGAUGAGCCAAUGGGAAUGUCUCCCGAAUCUCGUCACAUAUAACACCCUUAUGGAGGGAUUUUAUAAAGCUAGAGACUGCAAAAAUGCUUCAGCAGUUUGGGCUCUCAUUUUAAGAGGCGGGUUUCAGCCUGAUGUUAUUUCUUAUAAUAUUACUCUAAAGGGGCUUUCUUCUUGCCAUAGAAUGGCAGAUGCCAUAUUAUUCUUUAAUGAUGCCCGUAAUAGGAAAAUCCGUCCAACUGCAAUUACAUGGAAUAUACUUGUUAGAGCAGUUAUUUGUGGCUGAACUCUAAGAUGAUUUUCAUGGAGUACACACCCAGUGGGUUUUAGAUUCUAAUUUUCUACCCUGAGCAGGAAGUUCAACUGCAAUUAGUUAAAUACACUUAUCUGAUCUCAAAGUUCAUUGGUUUCAAUCACCCACUUCAAAAUUAUCAGGCCUACCAUUAUUACUCUCACUAUCAAGCCAAGUAUAUAUAGUUUUUGUUUUAAGUAUGCUCUCUACUCACUUCAGGUUGAAUGGUAACCCCUGUGAUUGAGACUCUAAAAUAUGGAUUUUGAAAGAAUUAUGCUGCCAACUCAAUUCUAGCUGAGUG